AAACCUCCCUCCACUAUUUAUAGCAGAGCAAGAACUUGAAACCAAACCAAGCCAAGCUCCCACACCCAUCCUGCCUAAAGAGAAGAAAGGCUCAAAGGAGAUAGAGAUUGUGUAUUUUUGUCAAUAAUCAGAAAAUAUGGUUUCGGUAGAAAAUUUCUGGGACGAGGUUGUGGCUGGGCCUUAUCCUGAUCAGGGCACGAGGAAGAUCACCACCAAGCCCUUGAACCUUAAAAGAUAUGAGGAAGGAGAGGGAAGCAAAUCCUUGUUGAUGCCAGAAAGCCCAACAACUCCGGCAACGCUGGCAACACCAUCGUCAGCUAGAAAAGAGAACGAAUGGAGGAGUGUGUUCAACCCAGGUAGCAACCUUGCCACCAAAGGCAUCGGAGCUGCACUCUUCGACAAGCCCCAACCUAACACCCCUACUGUUUAUGACUGGCUUUACAGCAAUGACACCAGGAGCAAGCACCGUUGAGAAGAGUGAUGUGGAUUAUUAUUAUUGAAUAAGCCCAUACAUACAUAAGUAGUCAAUCAUGUAGUGCUGCGGACUUGUGGUAUAUAUAAGUAUGUAUACCCUGUCCUCCUUGUACAUAAACUUUCUUGUUCAAAAUCAUGGCCAUUAAUAAAACAUAAGUGCACUUAAAUUCA